AUGAUUCUUGGUUUAAAUGGAUAACAGGGUAAAACAAAUCCUAAACACAGGAAUAUUAUAAAAAAGGCCAUUGAGAAUUUAGAUAAUAAAGAUAAAUAAGAGGAAUAAUAAACAGCUACAAAGAAUAAUAAUGCUAAAUCAAAUAAAACAGAAAAAAAGCAAAAAACUACCCAAACAAAAAGGAAGAGUUAAAAAAAGGCUGAGUUAUCAAAGUCUAAGAAAAUUUAAAAAUGA